CACACACACACACACAAAACGACGGCAAGAGGCGGCGGAUAACACUCAAUAUGGCUUCCGUACGAUUGGUCUCCGGUCGCGCGUCCGUUCGGUACCACUGCCAAGUGUAAAAAAAAUAAAUAAUUAAAAAUUUUACAUCAAUAAUCCGAUAGAUAUUUUUUACUCGACGGCUUGGCUUUUGGAUAAAAAAAAAAAAUAUUAUAGUAUUUUUUUCUCGCUUCACACGGUUAAACGCGAACGUGCCGCAUUCGGGUUGUGUAUAAUAAAAAAUAUUGUGUUGUGUGCUGGUCGGUGGUGUAUGUGUUUUGUGUUUGUUUUGUGCGCUCGUGAUAAGCCAUGUCCGAAAACCGUGGUUGUUGUUGUAGUGCGGUCGAGAUAAGGGCCAGCCCUUAAACGGCGUUCGUUCUUACCGGAUCUACCGGCCGUUAGACGAGGACCAGCGGUCGAACAGAACCAUAGCCGCCUGGAGAAAUCGCACCGAAAUGAGUUACCGGCCCAAACCUAACCCGUUCGACAGUCUCAGGAAUUCGCCGUCCAACAACAGCCGCGGCUACAUGUCAGCGAUGGAACGGGAAAAGCAACGAGAAAAAGAACGGCAGUCCCGUCAGCAACAAGUAUCCGAAAACAACGUCAAAGACAAAAAAGAACUAUUCGGGUCGCCGGUCAAGGUGGACGACUGUAACGACGACGAACAGAGUCAGCUGAUCCAGAGCCAGCUGGGCUCGUUCGACGACGCCAAACCGUUCCUGGCCGACCUGACGUUCUGCGGUAUCGCCGGCAUGCCGCCCAGCCCGGCGCCGCCGCCGCCCACGUCCGGCUCGCAUCACCAUUACCCAAAGUCGUCGGUCCACCAUCACGCGGCCACCGCGGCAGCCCAACAGUCGUCCCGGAGACCCGAAUCGCCGGCAUCCUCCACCGUCAAUGGCACGACGGCACCCCCUUCGGCGGCCGCCACGGCGUUCAAAAAGCCAACGGUCACGUCCCACGCCAUGUCCAGGUCGUUCCAGGCUCCGCUCAACCCGUCCAGGAACGGUCACUUUUUGAAACCUGGCGAAAUGAAACCGCCGUCGUACUCUUCCCUGGGCGGCCGAACGACAAGCACGGGCAGCAGCAGCAGCAGCAGCAGCAUGAGGAUCAACGGUCAUUCGUCAUCAUCCGGUUCUUCACACCACAGGCCGGCGCACAAGCCCAACCUUGCCGCCAUAUCGAAUAAUCAUAGUUCCGGCGAUAUCAAUACGCCAAGCACAAUCGAAGACAUUUUAAAAGAAAUGACUGUGGGUCUUCCGCUAGUGUCGGACAUCGCUGAAACGCCCAGAGUGACCAUCGUCGACUCCAAGUACACGGCCGACGGCAAAGUGGAACCGCAGCAGAGAAUGAGCCCCAAAGAUGCAUCGGAAAGCCUAAAGAAAAUGUUGGGCGACCCGCAACAGUUGUUCCCCGAUCCGGUGCACAGGUCGGCGCAACAAAUGCCGGCUUCGCACGUGUCGCCGGAUCCCGCUUCCAGCAUACCCAUGGACGCCAAACCGUCGGGACCUUACAACCAUUCGCUGUUUGCCUCGUAUAUGGUGAAACCUUCGGUCAGGGGGCCCAACAUCGUGCCACAAGCGCAACAGCCUCAGGAAUCGCAGCAAUUGACGUCGUCGCCGGUCGACAAGGGCCGUCGCAGUUCUACGUCGACAAAUGUGUUAUCGGAUAACGCCAACAAUUCCGGCAGAGCCGAAAAGGUGAGCAGCGAUAUGUCCGUGGACGAGGACAGCUCGUCCAGCGAGGAGGGCGAGAAGGACAGUAGUUCGGACAGCAGCGGAAGCGACAGUGAGAGCGGCGACGAGAAGAAAGAAGCACCGCCCAUGUCACCUCCCAGCCAACAGGAACAGGAAGAGGAACAGCCUAGAUGGUAUCUGAAAAACUUUUUGAAAAAGAGUACGCCCGACACCAACAACACCACCAGGACUUCUCAACAGGAGGAACCAUCCGGGUUGAGUGAUCCCAAAUCUAGUCCAGGUUUUCAGAGCCAAAGGUCCGAGGCGAUUGAACUGCUGUCCGAGAUGUCUGACUCAGACUCAAACCACAGCGAAAAACCAAAGAGCCAGUCAGAAUCAUCAUCAUCGUCAUCGUCCUCUUCAUCAUCGUCCGAUGAUGAAGACGAUAAAAAGAAAAAGACUUGUGAAAGCAGUUGUGAUAGUGAUUCUUCGUGCAACAGCCGUUCACGUGCGUUUGCCAAGCCCGUGACCGAUCUACACAAGAAAUACUCAGCGCUGGCCAAAUGUGAGAAGAAAGAACUAAAAAAGCCGUUGUUUAACAAACCAGUCAAAGCCACUUCGUCUGAAAGGAAACAGCAGUCAACACCGACGAUGGCUGUGCCCCCACCACCACCAGUGACGAUAAUAAAGGAAGAACCUACAGAGGAGCCGGUCAAGAAGAAGAGAGGUCGGAAGAAGGGGUCGACAAACGCACCCAAAUUACAGCCUUCUAAGAUCAAGUCGAAACCAGUGAUAUCAUCGGAUUCAGAAGACGAUGAUCCACCACCUAAGCCAGUUAAAACCAGCGAAAAGCGCAGAGGCCGUCCGCCAGGCAGCAAAAAAUCCAAAAGGGUGUCCGCCACCAGUGAAUCCGAAGAGUGGACUGACAAUAGCCGGAAGAGUCGAAAGCUCAAAGAGUCGUCACUUGACAAGAAGAAGUCAUCGUCGUCUUCUUCUUUGCAUUCGCACAUGCAAUCGGGGAAGAAAACACCAUCAUGGGAGAAGAAUCCACCCCAGAAACCGGUUGCUAGGGUCAGCGCUGCCUUGCGCACUGUCCGGUCUGUUUCCAGCAGCGCUGAGUCUGAUUUGUCCGAUGUGGAGUGCCGACCACACAAUGCUAUUUCAGGAGGCACAACUGAGAGCCCGCCCAAAUUGGAUGUGGAGGGCGUGAAGGUACAGGACAAGAAAAAGAAUGACACGCUGCGCAAGCUGUUCAGAACUCGUCGGGAGGAACCCAAAUGUGGAGGUAAGGCCAAAGGUGGCAAGGGUGGCAAAGGUGGCGUGAUCAUCAUCGACAAUAAUGAGGCCAUGCGCAACGACAACGAGCGAGUUAUUUCACCGGUGCCCGUCUUGCCGCCCGUUAUCAUCAAGGAACCCAUUGAAAAUGUAACGGCUCCUAUCCGAUUAAUGUGCAAGAUUCCAUUAGGCAAGCUGCGCGAUUUAAAUUACCUUCUAAAAAGCGGUCGGUCCGAAGAACUUAGGUGUCGUGCCGAUUUGGCCAACACCAGGCCAUGUGGAGACCAGGAGAAAAAACAAAAGCACAGACACCACAAACACCACUACAAGAGCAGCCCGUCUUCGUCGCAGACGUGUUUGGCAUCGGAAAAAUCCAAAACAAACGAAUCUCCAGCCAACGCUGUGGCGCCCACACAGCCCUUGCUUCAGUCUUCAUCUUCUGAAGGCUAUUCCAAAAGCAUGAUGGACAACGUGAACGUCUGGCGUAAACCCACUUCUGUGUGUGCCGUCAUUCCUGAGGCCAAAGUGAAACCACUUGAGCACAUGCCUACAAACACAAUGUCGUACAUGCCACGACAACCGACGACCAACGGUCUCAUGCAUUCAGUGUCCUACGAUGAUUCGUCUGAAGAAGAAGACAGUGGUCCACCGCCAUUUCAUUCAUUCGGUGGGCCCGUCCAGAUCAUGGACCCACGGUACAAACGUUCCCUAGAACUAGAUCAGUAUCCGAGCACUGCGUCCAAAAGGAGGAAAUACAUGACCUCUCCCGGUACUGCCCAACUGGCCAGGUAUGCUUUACAUGAAGUACCCGUACCGACUCCUCCUAGACAACCGUCAUGGCGCUUGCAGUCCAUGCACCAUCAAUGUCCACCCAGAAAAAGGUUCUUCUCAUAUUUUGUUCCCGAGUAUUACCCGGAAAACAACAUGCACCAAGAAGUGCCAUUGAAAGAAGCACAAGCGCUGACCAAACUUGCUGAAUACGAACCCGACCCGAUCACGCAGGAAAUGAAGUACCUGGACGGUAUACUGUGUUUUGUUCUCAGCGGACACUUGAUGGAGAAUGACGGCACCAGAGAACGAGCCGUGCUCAAGAUCUAUAACGACACCAUAGACUUGAUCAAAGUGAUUUGGUCAAAAAUCUACAAUUACCGCGCAGACUGUGAUCAAGAAGAACUGGACGAGAUAUUUGAGUUAGCUGACAACCCAGAAAAAGACAAUAGGCUCUUAAUACUGUGGAUGAGGUGUUUGAGUUUCUUGAGGUUAAAACUGUUCAAGCUGCUCAACUAUCAAAACCGAACGAACUACAAGACUGUUCAGCAACAUUUUCUUAAGACUGUGGGCGUGAGUCCCAUUUCACCCUCUCCGUCUCCGGCCAGCUCGGUGGAGAGCCACUCGUCGGGCUACUGCAGCAGCAACAUUACGCCAAGUGCGGCAGCAGCGUCUGGAGCAGCUACCGGAACCAUAUCUGUGCCUAUGAACGUUCACAACUCGUUAUACGCCGAACACCAGCUGUACUGUCAUCUUGCUGCAUCGCACGACAUGUGGCAACGAGCCGAUCUUUUGGUGAUGCGUGGAAAGCAUACUCCAGAUUUCUUCAUCGAGAUGGAUCGUCACUGUGGUCCCCUGACGUUGCACAGUACAGGCUAUGAUCUCACCCUGUAUGCUCGCAUAGCCAUAUCCCGCAUGAGAUCUGAAUUCAACAUUAAGAACUACCUUCCAUGAUAUUUAGCCAACACCAUCAUCGUGCCACACGAUGGUGAAGUGGAAACAAUAUUUUGUCCCGGUACACUAAGACAGCCGCCAUGCUCUGUGCAUACAUCAUCAGUACUUUAGACUUAAGUCGCUGAUGAUUCAUCGUUAACCUUUCUUAUCGAUUCGUCUUUAUUUCGCAAAAAAAAAAAUUAUAUUUAAAUAAAAAAACCACUAUUUAUUUAUGUAGACAACUGUAGAUGUAUAAUGUACAUACAACUUUUGUACAGCAAUAUUCUAAUUUUCUUCGUUAAUUUCUGUUUUUUUUUUUGUUUAAUUUGUUUUAUCUGCAGAAAGCAAUUAUUCAUCAAUAUAUAUAUAAAUAUUUUUACAUUUAAGUUAUAAUAUAUAUAUGUAUAUGUAUAUUAUUUAUAAAUAUAUGUUUAUAAUAAACAUAAAGUUUCAAAAGCCAUUUGGUACUAAAUAAUAAAAAAAACGAUACAUAUAUUUAAUUAAUAUUGGCAGUUUUA